AUGCCUCCCUCCGUGUCUUUCUCUCAUCUUCCAGUCGAAGUCAUCUACUUAAUUGUUGAUCUCCUCGAGCCAGCACGUUACCUCAACUCGUUGGCGCAGACAUGUUCGCGGCUAUAUCUGCUCUUGACCCCAAUGCUCUAUCAAAACAGCACUCGUUCAUCACACGGGUUCCCCAUUGUAUGGGCAGCACAGCAUAGCUCCGAAGGGACCAUUCGCCAAGCAUUUGACGCUGGAGCUUCCACAUAUUCAUGUCAUUACAACUUUCAACAAUCGCUCGUCGCGGCAGUGAACAACAACCAUGAGACCAUCGUCCGACUGAUACUGGAACAAAAUGAAGACCCUAGUAUAUUCACAGAAAAGCAGAGCUGCAAGCUGUGCAAAGGCCAGAAAUCCGAGGAGGCCGCCUCAAAAGUUCUCAAUCCACUAUAUGCGGCGGCAGUGCGUGGCAACGUGGCCAUUGUCAGGCUUUUGCUUGCCUAUAAGAUCACUUUCGAACAUGGUUGCGGAGAACGUACUCCGAUAUGCUCCGAUAUCGUAUUUGCGGCAGUAAACAGCGGACACCUAGCCGUUAUGCAAGUUCUCAUCGAGGCUGGCUACGCCUGGGACGACAAAAGAAGAAGAUACCAGGAUAAGACACCACUCACUGUUGCAGUCGAUCAGGGUGAUGCAAGAAUGGUUGAAUACUUGCUGGACAAAGGGGCCAAACCCUCGCGUGAUGAUAAGCCACUUCUUGAGUCUGCCGCGGAAAAUGGACACCUUGAAACGGUCAAAUUGCUCCUGGAACGCGGAGCAGAGCCUCAAGGAAGCGCUCUUUCCUGCGCGGCUGGCAAUGGCCAUGUGGAGGUCGUGGAAGUGCUCUUAGACCAUGGGGCGGAUCCCGAUCCUGAUAUGGUUCGAGAUUGUCUGAGUACACUCUACUAUGUAGCUGUAAGUGGUCAGCUACAAAUCCUUGAUCUUCUGUUGGCACGUGGGGUGAACAUAUACCCCAAGGACCCAAAGAAAAAACGCUACUUGUUAUCAUCCAUAAUCGAAGAUGAACUCUGGCGAUCAGUUGAGAGGCAGAAGCGGUCUGCUUUCGCUGUUUCCUUUCGAGCCCUCGCCGAUUUUGAGAACAUGAUAGACCACGGAGAUGACCUAGCACAAGCUGAGAUUCUGUACAUAGCUAUUGGCUAUGGGUGGGAUGAUAUUGUGCAGCGUGUUCUGGAGCAGAGCUUUUCCGCAGAUGGAAUAUAUCAGCACUGUAAGCUCCGGUAUAACAGGCCUAUACUCCAAGCCAUUCAGAACGGUGAUAUUGGAAUUACCAGACUCUUGGUUGAGCAUGGUGCCAAUAUACAGGAGUACCAGGGAGAAAGCAAGGAUGAAGGCGCGCUAUCCUUGGCAAUCCAAUUGGGCAAUGUAAAAAUUGCAGAGCUUUUGAUCGACCACGGGGCUGAUGUAAAUUGCAUAAGCAGCCGCGGAGAAACUGCUUUGGCAGAGGCGACGGCAUUGGCGUCCGAAGACAUAUUUCGCAUGUUGCUUGAUCGAGGAGCUGAUCCGACGAAAACGCCAUUAUAUACCGAUGAAAACGCCGUCACCAGAGCAUUGUACUUCGGUGCAGUGGAUGCGGUACAGACCUUGCUUGAGAGAGGCAUUGCAUUGGAAAUGCCUCCGUUGCCCGAGGAGCAAGAAAAGCUCACGAACCACCGAGGACUCUAUACUCCAAAGAAUCCCAAGACAUUGCUAGAAGAGGCAUUCUUGGGAGGAGAACAAAUGGCGGAGCUGGUCUUAGACCGGGGAUUGUUGAAUAUAGACCCUGAGAGCUAUGGGGCGCAAGAAGGAUUAGAGCACGCUGUCCAACUUGGAAUGACUGGGGUGGUGAAGCAGCUACUUGAACGAGGAGUUGAUCCUAAAAUACCUUUACUAUCCGGUCGCCAAUCUUUGAUAGUGACUGCACCAUAUUCUCCAGCCACUGACAGUAGAAUUAAUGCUACAGCCAUUCUUGAUAUGCUCUUAGCCCAUGGUGCUGAUAUCGAUGAACGGCGGCUUCCUAGCAUUACACCCUUAUAUCGGGUCAUCUUGGAUGUCAACUCCGGAAAUCAGCAGGUGCGACUCUUGCUGGAGAGAGGCGCAGAUCCCUUCGCGGUGCAUGCUUGCUAUCGCGCACUCGUUACAGAGGCAAGCGAUGACAAUUUCAACUCAAUACUCAGGGUCAAACGGUCAAUGCCUAGUCCCGAUACCUGGCGUCCCAAAAAAACGUUUAUAUUUGUGCCGAAUAUGAGCGAACUGAAAGAUGACCCAUUCCUUGCAUGCAUGAGACGGGGCGAUAAAGCGAUGCUUGAGGCCAUGCUUGACGCGAUUGAUCGGAAAGGACUUCCCUUGGAGGAGUUGAAGGAUAGACUUGAUCGAGCUCGGAUGGAAGCGACUGAGAGUGGGAACCUGCACCUUCUACCCAUUCUGCAGGAUUAUUACUGGGUAAAAAAUAUCCACGCAAGAAGCUGA